UGUGAGCAUGUGUGUGUGUGAGUCAGCUGGUAUAAACACCACACCCUGUCCCGUCCUGGAUCAUAACGGAGCUGCUGCUGCUCGCUGCCUCUCUGCUGCUGCCUCGCUGAAGGUCGACUCAACAUGGCGCUGGUGUCUGAGUUUCUGGGUCAGCUAACGCUGUCGUAUGGAGGGCAGGAAGCAGAGCCCACAUACCCCACUGUGGUGCCAGUACGAGACUUCGACCCCGCCAAAGACGCUGCCAGACUCGAGACCGCCAUCAAGACCAAAGGUGUAGACGAACAGACCAUCAUCGACAUCUUAACCAGACGCAGCUACACCCAGCGGAGAGAGAUCGCCUUCGAAUACGAACGUAUCGCCAAGAAGGAUCUGAUCACAGCCCUGAAGGGGGCGCUGUCCGGCUCUCUGGAGGCUCUAAUUUUGGGUCUGAUGAAGAGCACCUCACAGUAUGAUGCCUCUGAGCUCCGAGCCUCCAUGAAGGGUCUGGGAACAGAUGAAGAAACCCUCAUCGAGAUCGUCUGCUCCAGAAGUAAUGAAGAGCUGGUGGAGAUCAAGAAGGUUUACAAAGAAAUGUUCAAGAAGGAGCUGGACAAAGAUGUAGCAGGAGACACAUCAGGAGACUUCGCCAAACUGCUGCUGGCCCUGGUUCAGACAAAGAGAGAUGAACCCUCCAAUGUGGUUGACUAUGAGAAGAUUGAUGAGGAUGCCAGAUCUCUAUAUGAAGCCGGGGUCAAGAGGAAGGGAACUGAUGUGGCGACUUGGAUCUCCAUCAUGUCUAAGAGGAGCGUCCCCCACCUGCAGAAAGUGUUUGAGAGGUAUAAGAGCUACAGUCCUUACGACAUGAAGGAGAGCAUCAGGAAGGAGGUGAAGGGAGAUCUGGAGAAGUCCUUCCUCACUCUGGUGGAGUGCUUUGAAAACAAGCAGCUUUACUUUGCCAACAGACUCAGUGAUGCCAUGAAGAGCAAAGGAGCGAAGGAGAAGGUGUUGACCAGGAUCAUUGUUUCUCGCUGUGAAGUUGACCUGAUGAAGAUCAGAUCUGAGUUCAAGAAGCACCAGAAAAAAUCCCUGUACCAGACCAUCACUGAACACACCAAAGGAGACUACCAGAAUGCUCUGCUGAGUCUGUGUGGAGGAGACGACUGAGGCCUGGACACUUAUCAAACUCAGUUCUCUUUGGUUUCAGCUGACUGGAGAUCUUACAGUAUUAGAGCCUUUUGUGCUUAAUCCAACAUGAAGCAAACAGUGUCUCCACAUCAAUGAGCAGCUUCGGUUUGUGAAAUAAAAGCUUUUCACCCA